AUGGUUUCCGAAUUGUUUCAACAAAAGGCUGAUGCCGUUUCCCACAUGAAAAACAGACCUACUGAUGAUGAGAUGUUGCAGUUGUAUGGUCUCUACAAGCAAGCCACCGUCGGUGACAACGGCACAACCAAGCCGGGAUUGUUCGACUUCAAGGGCAAGUACAAGUGGGAAUCUUGGGAUGAAUUGAAAGGCAUGAGCCAAGAAGAGGCAGAAAAAAAGUAUAUUGAGUUGGUUGACAAUUUGCUCGCCAAGUACGAUAACUGA